UGUAACGGACAUAAACGACCAGACGGGUUCUUGAAAGGGGCACAUUGUAUUCAGCUCCGCCACCGACCUUUUUGCAAUGGCGAUGCUUUCUAUGCCUUUUUCUUCUACACCUGCCCUUAAUCUCCGCCGAGUCAACCGGCCAUACAAAUACUCUGGCAUGGCAUUUGCGAGUGUGAACAAAGAAACUGGGACUGUAGGAGUAAGGGUCACUGAAGGUGAAGGUAGCUUGCCAAAGGUUGUGCUCACUUCUCCUCAUGGUAGUGAGGCAGAGAUAUAUUUAUUUGGAGGUUGCAUCACAUCUUGGAAAGUUCCCAGCGGGAAGGACCUCCUUUUUGUUAGACCAGAUGCUGUAUUUAACAAGAAAAAACCAAUAAGUGGAGGAAUUCCACAUUGUUUCCCACAGUUUGGACCUGGUAGUAUUCAGCAGCAUGGAUUUGCAAGGAAUAUGGAUUGGUCUGUUAUUGAUUCCGAAAAUGUGGAGGGCAAUCCUGCUGUCACUCUCAUGCUCAAGGACGGUCCUUACAGUCAUUCUAUGUGGGACUUUGGUUUCCAGGCUUUAUACAAGGUCAUUCUUAAUGCAAAAAGCAUUUCCACAGAACUGAAGAUUACAAAUACAGAUAGCAAGCCGUUUUCAUUUACUGCAGCUCUACAUUCAUAUUUCAGUGCUUCUGUGACUGCAGCAUCUGUAAAAGGUUUGAAAGGUUGCAAAACACUUAAUAAAGAUCCAGAUCCUAACAAUCCGAUAGAGGGCAAAGAGGACAGGGAUGUGGUCACUUUCCCUGGCUUUGUAGAUUGCAUUUACCUUGAUGCGCCUGAUGAGCUGCAACUUGAUAAUGGCUUGGGUGAUGUAAUAACCAUCAAGAAUAAAAAUUGGUCAGAUACUGUACUGUGGAAUCCACAUCUACAGAUGGAAGCAUGUUACAAAGAUUUUGUUUGUGUUGAAAAUGCCCAGAUUGGAAAUGUCAAGCUAGAACCCAAGCAGUCCUGGACAGCUAAGCAGCAUGUUAGCGUUGGUUGAAGGGCAUUUAGCAGUGCCCCCCAUAUGACAGCAUUUGGUUUUACUGGCAUUCGCUCUAUCAGAUCUUUUGCUUCCUUCAGCAAUCCUGCUCGGCCCAAUAGAUCAACCAUGCAUCCAUAGUGCUCUACUGUUGGGCUCAAGCUAUAUACUUUCUCCAUGCUGUCAAAUAGUGAUUUUCCUUCGUCAACUAAUCCUGCAUAACUGCAUGCAGUCAAAAUUGCAGUAAAAGUUAUCAGGUUUGGCUUAAUUCCUGCUUUUAGCAUUUGCAUAAACCAGUAUAGGGCUUUUCUUCCAUGCCCGUGAAUUGCAAAACUAUAAAUGAUUGCAGUCCACACAGAGACACUUUUCUUCCCUAUUUUCUUAAACACUUCCGGAGCUUCUUUGAUACUACCACACUUUGCAUACAUGUCUAUAAGAACACAGCCUAAAAUUGGGUCUACUUGGAUUCCAUUCUUGUUGAUGUAUGCAUGAAUCCAUCUCCCUUGAUCCAAGGCUCCAAAAUUUGCGCAUGCUGAAAGUACACUUGCCAGCUCUACUUUGUCAGGUUUGACACCUGCAAUCUGCAUUUCUUGAAAUAGGUGCAGGGCAUCUUUGUCAAGUCCUGCCUGGACAUAGCCAGAAAUCAUUAUUGUAUAUGAAAUGGCAUUUCUUGCUGGCAUAUCUCUGAAAAUUUGAUUGGCUAUUUCAAUGUACCCAUGUUUCAUAUAUCCAUCAAUCAUCGAGUUCCAAGAGACAACGUCUGGUUGUGGGAUCCGAUCAAAGAGGACUUGUGCAGAUUUUAUGAAACCAGAUGUGACAUAUGCAUGAAGAAGGGAAUUUGUAGCAUAAACGUCUGAACCAAAACCCAAUUUUAUCAUGUGAGCAUGAAUUUGUUGGGUCUCUUUCAAGGCUGACAGACUGGAACAGGCUUUGAGCAGGAAGGGAAAGGUGUAAGCAUUAUGCGGAACUGAAUCACAGAGCAUUUGAUGAUACAGAAUCAAUGCUUGCUCUGGUUUAGUGCUGUCGGCGUAUCCUCGGAUCAUCGUGUUCCACAUGAAAGUGUUGGGUCUGCAGAUUCUGUCAAAAACCUUGUGGGCAUAGGGUAAGUUCCCUGAAUAUUGGGAGCAAGAAAAAGCUAGUAGCUUACUUACUGAGAUGGUCUCUAAGAUAAGGCCUGUUUUGAACAUAUAGGCAUGGAUUUGCUUUAAUUCCUCCAUACUUGAACAUCUUUCAAGCAGAGAUUGAGGCUUUGACAUACUUGAGUCUAAGGUGAAAUGGCAUGUUGUAGCAAGCGAUGACAUUGAGUUGCUAAACUAUUUAGAAAGAUUUUGUGAAUGUUUCCGGUGAA